AUGGUGGUAGACAUUGCAGCCCUCCAACAGCGGCGUUCCUGGUUGUGUACCAUGGAGGACAGCAAAGACAAGUUUAUUGCGGAUCUUAUCAGCCACCUCACGGACCUCAGUGACAAUCUCGCAACGGAGCGGGGCGAGGUAGAGAACGAGAAGCGACUCGUCGCUGCAUUCAAGGAAGACCUGAGCAUUGCCAGAAAAGAAAUUGAGGGGUUUCAACGCGCACAGCGUAAGCUGAACUAUGUGUCUGUUCUGGUUGAUGGGGAUGGUAUGAAUUUUCUCGAAGAACUUAUCCGAGAUGCAAGCAACGGGGGUCGCGAAGCUGCCCGGCGCCUAAUCCAGUCCGUUGAAGGACAUGUUCAGAAGGUUGACCCGAAAACCGAUCCGAAUGCUUCCUACAAGAUACGCGUGUAUGCAAACGUGCAGGGGUUGACGAAGGUAUAUCGUGACGCAAACAUCCUCAGGGAAGACCAGGACCUCGGCCCAUUUAUCCAAGGGUUUAACAUGGAGCGUACCUUGUGUGAUUUUGUGGACGCAGGCAAUGGAAAGGAAUGUGCUGAUGCAAAACUCCAAGGUUAG